GUAGGUGGCGGCGGCGCGGGCGGGAAGCGGCGGGGCUGCCCCGCCUCCCUUCAGCUCUCCGGCGUCGGCCGGCGUAGGACAAUGGAAGAGGCGGCAGCGGCGUUAGCAGCGGCGGCAGCGGCGGGGGGGCCGUGCCCGGCGGACCGACCGGGGGUAGCGGCGGCGGCGCUGAGCGGGGAGAACGAGGCCGAGAGCCGGCAGGGCCCGGCGGAGCGCGACGGGGACGCGGCCCCGCUCAACCUGUUGGACACUUGCGGCGUGUGCGGGCAGCCUAUCCAGAGCCGGCGGCCCAAGCUGCUGCCCUGCCUGCACUCGGUGUGCCAGCGCUGCCUGCCGCAGCCGGACCGGUACCUCAUGCUGCCUCCCGUCCUGACCUCCGCGGCCGCCGCCGCCCUCAAGGAGCCGCCGCCGGCGGCACCUCCCUCCUCGCCCGUCUCUUCGCAAGCCUCACCCCUGCACUGCACGCCCAUCGGUGUUAUCCGCUGUCCAAUUUGUGGUCAGGAAUGUGCAGAGAGACACAUCAUAGAUAACUUUUUUGUGAAGGAUACCACAGAGGUUCCCAGUAGCACAGUAGAGAAAUCAAAUCAGGUCUGCACAAGCUGCGAAGACAAUGCAGAAGCUCAUGGGUUUUGUGUGGAAUGUGUAGAGUGGUUGUGCAAGACCUGCAUCAGAGCUCACCAGAGGGUUAAAUUCACAAAGGAUCAUACUGUGAGGCAGAAAGAGGAAGUAUCUCCAGAGGCAGUUGGAGUGACCAGUCAGCGCCCAGUAUUCUGCCCUUACCACAAAAAGGAGCAGCUGAAGUUGUAUUGUGAAACCUGUGACAAGCUGACCUGCCGAGACUGUCAGUUACUAGAGCACAAAGAGCACAGGUACCAGUUUAUAGAAGAAGCUUUUCAGAACCAGAAAGUUAUCAUUGAGACACUAAUCACCAAAUUGAUGGAGAAGACUAAGUACAUAAAAUAUACAGGGAAACAGAUCCAUAACAGAAUUCUGGAAGUGAAUCAGAAUCAAAAGCAGGUGGAACAGGAUAUUAAAGUUGCCAUAUUUACAUUGAUGGUAGAAAUAAAUAAAAAGGGAAAAGCUCUGCUGCAUCAAUUGGAGACUCUGGCAAAAGAGCAUAGGAUGAAACUUCUGCAGCAACAACAGGAAGUGGCAGGCCUCUCUAAACAGCUGGAACACGUCAUGAAUUUUUCCAAAUGGGCAGUUUCCAGUGGGAGCAGCACAGCGCUGUUGUACAGUAAACGUUUGAUUACAUAUCGACUACGGUAUCUCCUCCGAGCAAGGUGUGAUCCCUCUCCAGUGACUAACAAUACCAUCCAGUUCCACUGUGAUCCUAGCUUCUGGGCUCAGAAUAUUUUCAAUCUAGGUUCUUUAGUAAUUGAAGACAAGGAAACUCCACCACAUAUGCCCAAGAGCCCUGUGAUGGAAGCAAACUUACAGCCCCCAGGCAGCUUGCCUCCCAACCAGCUCUCCAAGUUCCCUACGCAGAUCAGCUUAGCUCAGCUCCGCCUCCAGCACAUGCAGCAGCAGGUCAUGGCUCAGAGACAGCAAGCUCAGCGCAGAGCAGGAUCAGCAGUUCUGCCAAACCCAAGAGUGCCAGGAGCCAUGCAACAACCUCCUGCUUCUCAUCAGGCACCUCCACGCUUGAUUCAUUUUCAGAAUCACAGUCCCAAGCCCAAUGGUUCAGGUCUUCCUGCACACCAGAUGCGAUUUCCCCAAAAUCAGAACCUACCAAGGCCAGCAGUGAAGCCCAACCCAUUGCAAAUGGCAUUUUUGGCACAGCAAGCUAUAAAACAGUGGCAGAUCAGUAGUGGACAAGCUUCAUCCACCCCUUCAACUGCAAGCAGCUCCACAUCGACUCCAUCCAGCCCCACAGUCACCAGUGCUGCUGGGUGUGAUGGGAAGAACUACGGUCCCCCCGUGAUAGAUUUGAGUUCCCCAGUGGGCAGCUCCUAUAAUCUGCCAUCUCUCCCUGAUAUUGAUUGUUCAGGAAACAUCACACUGGAUAAUGCUAUAAGGAAGGAUGGCACUGUAGAGCAGAAUCAGCCAAAACCCCCUUCAAACAGGACUGUACAGUCACCAAAUUCCUCAGUACCGUCACCAGGCCUCUCAGGAGGAAUCAGUGUGACUAACGUACACCCUCCAAUUCGUUCACCCAGUGCCUCCAGUGUUGGGAGCAGAGAGAGUUCUGGCUCCUCCAGCAGGCCACCAGGAGCUGAUUCUACACACAAAGUCCCCGUGGUUAUGUUGGAGCCGAUCAGAAUUAAGCAGGAGUCAAGUGCAUCAAACGAGACCUUUGAUUUCCCGAUCAUUGUAGUGAAGGAAGAGACAGAGGAGGAAUCCCGGCCUCGGAAUUCCAUACUUACUUCCUUGCUGCUGGAUACCAGUCACAAUUCCACUUCAGAGGAAGCCAUGCUAAGAACAGAUGCACCAGACAGCACAGAUGACCAGCCAGGGGCACUGCAGGAGAACACAUUCCUUGGGAAAACAGGAUGGAUGGGAUCCUCCCAUGCUGGCGAGGGCAGAAAAGAGGAUGAUCCCAAUGAAGAUUGGUGUGCCGUAUGUCAAAAUGGAGGGAAGCUCCUUUGCUGUGAGAAGUGUCCCAAAGUAUUCCAUCUUUCUUGUCAUGUCCCUACACUGAUGAGCUUUCCAAGUGGAGAGUGGAUUUGUACAUUCUGUCGGGAUUUGUCCAAGCCAGAAGUUGAAUAUGACUGUGAUAAACCUGCUCACAGCUCUGGAAAAAGAAAAUUGGAAGACACCAUGGGUUUGGCACCGAUAGACCGCAGGAAGUGUGAAAGACUGCUGCUACACCUCUACUGUCAUGAAAUGAGUCCUGCCUUUCAAGAUCCAGUUCCUCCAACAGUCCCUGAUUACUACAGAAUAAUCAAGAAGCCUAUGGACUUGUCAACCAUCAAAAAAAGACUUGAAGUGACCAAUUCAUUCUACACAAAGCCAGAAGAUUUUGUGGCUGAUUUCAGACUGAUUUUCCAAAACUGUGCUGAAUUUAACGAGCCCGAUUCAGAAGUGGCUGAUGCCGGCAUGAAACUUGAAGCCUACUUUGAAGACCUUCUAAGAAACCUUUAUCCUGAGAGAAAGUUCCCUGUACAGCCCAGCAGCCAGAGUGAAAAAGAUAAUCCAGAACUUACUGAUGACUCAGAUGAUGACUUUGUACAGCCCCGGAAAAAACGCCUCAAAGGAGAAGAACGCCAGUUCUUUAAAUGAGCCACGUGUGUUACCUACAGAAUUUUUUAAAAAAACUGAGAAUAUUUAUCACUGGUAUCACUGUUUUGACUUGUAGGUUUAUGAAUAUUUACUAGACUUUCUACCCCCUAUCUGAAACACAAAUCUAAUGGAGAUCAAGGCAUGUGAAGAGCUUCUCUGAAGUUCAAACUUUUCCUUUUCUGGAGCAGCUCAGAAAUUGCCAUUUGCAUGGGGUGACAGCUGUUUAACUUUGCUUUGAAGAAGUUUGUAUAGAAUUGAACUUCAAAACACAACAUGAGUUCGACAAGUGGCUUUCUGAGUUUAAAGAAAAUGUGAUCUGAUCUAAUCAGACUUUUAAUUUUACCAAAGGCAUGUGGCUGGCCAUAAUUUGAUCUCUCUGUGCUGUAUUUAACACAAGCCAUGAAAAAAGAUGGUGUAAUGUUAUUGUCCUGCAGUACUGGUUGGUAUAAUGAAAGUGUAGUUGCCCCCAAAGAAGUUACUGGAAAUUUUAAAUGUAAGGGAGAGGGUAUUAAAAAUAACUUAAAAAAAAAAAAAACCAAAACAACAAAGGAAGAGGAAUUUGUCUGAGAGUUUCUAAUGGAGGAAGUAAAGAACAGAAUAUUUUGGUUUGCACCAUUUUUCUCACCACCAGCAGGAAACAAUGGUAUUUCUGUACUAUUUUGUUUUACAGGUGUCUCAAGUGUGAUGUACCUCUGUUUAAUGAAGUUGGUGGGAAAGUC